AUGUCAACCAUUUCUCUUGAUCCAAGGCUUAACCUCCAAGCCAUUAAGAACCCUCCUAACCAACAUGGAGUUGUUCUUGAAGAAAUUGAAGGUUUCCUCAGAGUUCACAAAGACGGAAACAUCGAAAGGCCUCCAAUUAUCCCCACUGUCCCAAGCACUCUGGCACUACCACAUGGUGUCACAGCCAAAGACGUUGUCAUUGACAAAUUUACCAACUUAUGGGCACGUAUUUACGUUCCAAGCCACCCCGGAAACCUCCCCGUGCUUGUCUACUUUCACGGUGGUGGAUUCUGUGUUGGCUCUGCUGCUUGGAGCUGUUACCAUGACUUCUUGGCCAACCUUGCUUGCAAAGCAAGUUGUGUCAUCAUCUCUGUGAAUUACCGUUUAGCCCCAGAAAACCGUCUCCCUGCUGCUUAUGACGACGGAUUCAAAACUCUUAUGUGGGUGAAACAACAAGCUCUGAGUGAGCCUAGUGAGCAAAGAUGGUGGUUAAGUAGGUGCAGCUUGUCAAGCUUGUUCAUAGUUGGUGACAGUGCAGGGGCUAACAUAGCCUACAAUGUCACCACACAAUUAGUCUCCCGUGACCCCUCCAGUUUAAGACCUUUGAGUUUCAAGGGCACCAUCUUGAUCCAACCUUUCUUUGGAGGAGAAGCUCGUACUUGGUCCGAGAAAUAUGCAACUCAGCCACCAACCUCUGCACUAACUCUGUCGAAUUCCGACGUGUAUUGGCGAUUGGCUCUGCCGUUAGGGGCCAACAAAGACCAUCCAUGGUGCAACCCUCUGGCAAACGGCGUGACCAAGCUGCGCGAUUUAAGACUCCCGGCCAUAAUGGUGUGCAUAUCAGAACUGGAUAUAUUGAAGGAUAGGAAUUUGGAGGUCUGCAAUGCCUUGAGUAGCUUGGGGAAAAGGGUGGAGACAACAAUGUACAAAGGAGUUGGACAUGCCUUCCAAGUUGUGCAGAACUCUCAGCUCUCCUAUUCCCGGACCCAAGAUUUAAUCUCUCACAUCAAGGCCUUCAUAAACCAAUAG